UCUGGUGAAGACAGAGGGCAGGAACUCCAAGAGACUUGAAGGGAGAUACCUCUCAUUUGGCACUAGAGCUAGACUGUUGGGGUCUCUCCCGGUGCUUACAAUUCUAUUAUUCUGUGCAUUGGCAGAAUCUGCUAAGAAGGAGCUAAAACCCAGCUGGAGGUCGAAAAAAAGGGGCUGGCUGCCAGCUCGUAACCACACCUCUCCUCUCCAUAAACGCCCCCACCUUCCUCUUUUCGGCGCAAAGAGAAAAUGAGCUCCUCAAUUUUUCUCCUCCUAAAAAUGCUCAACCUCUCAUCACUUCACACAGCUUUCAGACCCAUCCUCUGAAUGGAUUUACGAUGAACGACCAAUGUCUGUGUGUCUUGAAGAGGAGUCCUCCACGCAGCAGGCAAAAGGGGGCUGCGAAUGGCUGCAAACGAAGCCUGGAGCUCUUUCUUCUGACUCUGUCUUUGCUUUCAUCUCCCUCUGGUACUGCAAAUAUCAAAGUACAGAAUCCCCACAAGGAGAAGUUGAAUGGGAUCCUGGGAGGCUGUGUGUUGCUCCCUGUAAGUAUCCCCCCCUUGGAAACACUGAAAACAAUUGAGUGGGAUUUCCAGGGAGGAAAUGGUUUCAAAUUUCAACUGGCUGAAUUGAGGGAUGGAAAACUGGAGAGGCCCAAUCCAGAGGACAGGUUUGGGCCAAGAUUGGAGAAGGCCAAUGAGACCACCCUGAGGAUCAAAGACUUGGAAAUGGAUGACAGUGGCAUAUAUUCCAUUAAAGUGAGGUUUAUUUCGACACAGUAUGAAGAUUACACCUUCCACCUCUCUGUGUAUGAACCAGUCCCAGAACCAAAAAUCCUCUCCCAAGUUGUCUCCAAGAGCCCAGAUGGCUGCAAUGUGACCCUGCAGUGUCAGGUGCCUGGAAAGGGGGAAUUCAACAUCUCCUGGAAAGGAGGGGAUGCCUUCAGGGACUUAGAAGAUGGUUCAAAGUCAUAUCACCUCUCUGGCAAUGGCAACAGUCUCCACUUGUUCUGGAAGCUCAACUCCUCAGAGCCCAACAUCACCUGCCUGGUCACCAAUCCAGCAGAUCAGAAAAGCAUCUCCUCCAACUUGCUGCACAUCUGCCCAACUAAAGGUGGCAAUCAACCUGGACUGCAUUGGAGCUGGAGCUGGACUUUUCUCAUCAUUUUAUUCGUAAUUUUGCUCCUCUUGGCUGGAUUUGGGCUAAAGACCUGGAAGAAAAGAAGGAAGAUGCCACCCAACAGAGCUACCUCCAUGAUGCCAAGGGAGGAGCCACUUCCUGAGCUUCAGUACUCAGAGGUUGCAAAGAGAAGCCCCCCAGAAGGCGAUGAUGACCAGGAACAGACUCAUCUCCAAGAUACCCCAAUGUCACUUUCAACAGUGUAUGCGGAGCUCCAACCACCCGCACGUCAUUCUGAACAGGUCACGUGAGCAAGGUCUGAUGAAACGGGGAAUUCCAAAUUUUCAAGGCAUCUUUCCAUUACCACGGAAGCCUGGGCUGCUGAAAUCUCAGGAAUCGCUGCUGUAUACAUUCCACUUCCUGCCAAAUACAUGAAUGCAAUUGGUUAAAUAGCUUCCUUGCUUACUUUUCCCACCGUCUGUAGAAUCCAGCCCCAAUCAAAGCAUCUUACUCUGUUUUAAAUUUGGUCAGUUUGCAGUCUUGAAUCAAAUACGUAUUUGCAGAAAUUCAGAAUUACUUGCUUAUUUAUUUUUAAAACAGCGCACUAGGUGUGCUGGGCCAAGAGGAAGUCUGUGAAAGGCAAUUUCUGGUCCCCACUGCGAAAAAAAAAAGGAAAAAAGAAACCAUUAGUGAAUUGUCUGAAAGGCAGACAUGCAGGCACCAUAUGGAGCUUAUAAACCACUUAGAGUUCCAUUUUGACAUUAUGCACACUCAUUAUGUUAGUACUGGAGAUUUCAAGGGAAGAUGCGGGGAUAAAUUAUAUCUAUCUAUUACCGAUUCCCUUUUGAGAACAGGUCAAUGCUUCCCCCCCCUUUUUUUUAAAGUAACUUCCCUUUUCUGUUUCCCUUUUUUAUUUUAUUGCCAAUACAUUAUCAGACCUUCUAUCACAGCAUAUGAUUUAUAAUUAGAAAUGUACUUCGCUAAGAACGAAAGAGAAUUGUUCCUACUUCCUCUGCCAGAGAGGGUCAGUCUAGGGGGAACAGUUUCUGCAACAGAAGUUCAAUUCACAGAGGCGUUUUACUGGGGGAGACGAUGACAAAAACCAAGCGGAUUUGC